UUAAUUGAAUAUAUAAAAAAAUUUGAUUUCAGAAAUGGAUAACGUAGAUAAGUUUGGGGUUAAACGGGGUAGGUGUGAGUGUGGAAAUUGCCCAUCAUACUGUUUCAGCAAAAGCAACUUGUGUUCUUACUGCGAAUGUGUUCCUGUGAAACACAUAAAAUUAGAUAAUCAUUCAAAUUCAAAUGCUACAAUUGAAGUAGAAUCAUCUAAUGACGCAUUUCCAACUGAAGCGGAAGUCUUCGAAAUUUCUAAAGAAAAUGAACAUAAAAAUGAUUUAAAUACUGAUGGUAAACUCCCAAUUCCAACGGUUGAUGAGCGAACACCUUACUCGAACUUACCACUUGAUAUUCAAGAGAAAUUGAAUCAAUUAUCUCGACUGAUUCCUGAUUCAUUUUAUGAAAAUCGUGAAGCAGAUGAUAAAGUUGGACUAUAUUCGAAAAUGGAUCGAAGUGAAUUUAAUAAAGUUAAGCGCAUUUUGGCCGACAAAAUAAUAAAAGCAGGUUGUACUUCGCAAGAGGAUAUCACAAAAAUUUCGUCUUUAGCCAUAGCCAAGUUUCCGGGAUUGAAGGGUGAUAUUAAAGAGAAGCCUGCUGAUUAUCGUACCCAGGGAGCAUUGAAAAGUUUUGGUAUAACCUAA